CCAACCAGCAGCGAAAGCACCUUGAACCACCGCGGACAAAUUGCAACCAGUCGCUGCCGGAUCUGCGCUGGAAUCUAGUUCUGUAUCACCACAGCAUAGUAUACAGAGAGCUUGCGAGCCACUCCCGUCACAAUGGUCAACGUUUUCAAGCGGAUGCGGAAGCUGAAAACUCUUCUCAACGUCCGCGUUGGCACCGGAGCCGCCGUCUUCCCCGCGGCGCCCUCGGCGACCCAAGAAUUCCCCGCGAUCACCCGCCUGCACCUGACCUACGCCCGCAAGAUCUACGGCGGCCACCAAGGCGCCCGGCAUUUCUGGCGCAACUGCCUCCCGCGGCUCAAGUACCACAACCCGGGCAUCCCGAUGACCGUCCGCCAGACGGAGGACCAGGACGGGCCCGCCGCCCUGAGCGUCUACUUCGCCCAGAAGACCAGCACGACCGCCGCCUCGCUCGCCGCCGAGGACCUCAAGGAUGCCCACGCCCCGGCGCCCGCCGACAACGAGCAGGUCGCCGUCCUCGACGUCCGCAACCUCCCCUACACCGAGAUCUGGAACAAAGUCAAGAACCUGACCAACGCCACGGAGAUCCCCGCGACGACCCAGGAGGCGGCCGAACUGCGCAAGCUGGACGAGAUGGCCGCCAAGUCCAAGACGGAUCGCACUCGUAUCGCGGCCAAGCGGCAGGUGAAGAAGGACCAGGAGCGCAUGCUGAAGGAGGCUAGAGAACAGGUCGAGAGGUUGAAGCAGCUCUAAAAAAAAACAGAAGUUGUUGUUGACUGUUUUUUUUUUUGCCUCUCUUUCUUUUGUUUUCUCUUUCCUUUUGCGCUUUUCUCUCCACCGUCCCUUUCGUCUUUUCCGUGUGUGUGGGUGGUGUCAUAACUUUCCAGCUGCUUUCAAGAUGCGGUUACAGUUUUGGUUUGUGGGGUUCACAACUUGGUCAUGGUCACUUGUAGCAUACUAGCAUUUUCCCUGUUUCAUAUUUCCUAUACUCUUGUUCGAUUAUGUGGUUCGUGUCGAGAAUAUUACAUCCCUGCUAAGGGAGUUUGUACUUCUACGGUUCUUGUGGUGUUAUUUGGCUUUCUAUAUGACUUCCUGCAUUUUCCAUUUGUAGCGAAAGUCUGGAAGUCCUGUUGGCAUAUUGAAUUAGAAACAAUUUGCCGCGGUCAUGAGUCAUGUAAAAUGGAUAAUA